AUGGAAGCCUACAAUUAUCUAAGAGAGCACACAACAGAUAAAGGGACAAGAGUCUGCGUGGGAAUUAUCUUGCUCACAGAACGUUGCCUUGACAUUAUAUCUUCGGUGACAGCGACGCGCGUGUCCGGCACGACGUUCUCGGUGGACGGGCGCAGCUACGCGCUGAGCGACCUGAAGUGCAGCUCCCUCCCAGACAGUUCGCAACGUGGCGCACAGCAGACCUGUGGCGCCUCUGCCGGCGUCUACCCGCUACUGCAGAUCGGCUUCGAGCUAUCUACCGGUUUUGUCAAGCUCAUCGACAUCUGCUUCGAUGAUACGCGACUGACUUCGCUCUAUGUGUCCGGUAAUUUCAAUAUGGCGAGAGGCCAUCUGUCUACCAAGGCCGACUGGAUGUUCAGCUCGCAGCAGACCGCCACCUUCUGGUUCCUCAACGCGGCACCUCAGUGGCAGACCUUCAAUGGUACCAACUGGGAAACGGUGGAGAGCAACGUACGCUACUGCGCGAGCAAGAAAGGUGCCGACCUGACAGUAUACACUGGAACCUACGGCGUCGCCACACUGCCCAACGUGGACGGCGUGGAGACAGAGCUGUACCUGGUGGCUGACACCAAGCAGAUCCCCGUGCCGAAGCUGUACUGGAAGUUGGUGCACGACGCAGCCAACGACGCGGGCGAGGCUCUGAUCGGUAUCAACAAUCCCUAUGUUUCCGCCCCUAGAGACGACUACUACCUGUGUCCCGACGUGUGCAGCAAACUCAGCUGGGUCACUUGGGAAUCCAACGACCAGACGAAAGGUUUCAGCUAUUGCUGUGAAGUCAGUUGCUCCGUGGACGUGAACGGAUCCGAGAUGCCCGACCCGCAGCCGCUGCUGCUGAAACCCGGCGGCAGCAAAGACGUGCACGGCUUCGUCACGCCGGACUCCUCGGGGGUGAUCUCGCUCAGCCGGAACGAGCAGAUCGUAGUCGCCUGCCCCGACAACAGCCUCCAGGCCACCGGGCAGUCGCAGGCGACGGCCUACUGCGUCUCGGGCUCCACCUUCUCCAUCGACGGGCGAUCGUACGACUUCGCCGACCUCAGCUGCCGAUCCCAGCCGAAGCCGUCAGGCCAGAAAACGGGCAGCUCGUGCGGAAGCAGCGGUCAGUACCAAGUGAUCCAGCUAGGCUUCCAGGUCGGCGCCGACUUCUACACGCUGAUCGACGCCUGCUUCGACGAUCGUUCCUACAACACGGUGUACGACCACUCCACGAUGAUCGCCGAAAUGGGGGGCAGGCAGAGCGGUUUUGACCGGCCCGAUUGGUUGGACGGCGGCUUCUUCGGCGACAUCGACGUGGAUAACCAGUACAAACGUGCCACACAGAUUCAGACGGUCGGCACGCUGCUGGGGUCCAGUCAACUGGGGUCCAAGUACAUCUCUGAAACCAGUGACUACUUCCUUUCCAGGGGACACCUCAGUGCUAAGGCCGAUUUCAUUCUCGGCGCGCUGGAGUAUGCCUCAUUUUUGUACGUGAAUGCUGCGCCGCAGUGGCAAACGUUCAACGGUGGCAACUGGAACACCUUGGAAAACAAUGUACGUUCCUACGUUUCGAACAACGAGGUAGAACUGGAAAUCUACACGGGUACGCACGGCAUCACGACGCUGCCGGACGUGAACAAUGUCGAGACGGAGUUGUAUCUUUAUGCUGACGGCAGCAAGUACAUUCCAGUUCCAAAGAUCUUCUGGAAGAUCGUGUACGACGCUAACACUAAGGCAGCUGUGGUGUUCGUGGGCGUAAACAAUCCGUACAUUGAGAACCCUGGCUCUGACUACUACGUCUGCACAGACGUAUGCAGCAAGAUCAGCUGGAUAUCCUGGAAGGCCACGGACCAGGAGAAGGGCUACUCGUAUUGCUGCGAGUACGCAGACUUCAAGAACGCCGUGGCCGACGCACCCAGCCUCGGCGUCAACUCUCUGCUUACCUAA